AUGGCACAAUUCUUUGCGCUCCAGAAGAAGGAUUGGAUAAUACGGUCGCGCAAUCCAAUCGCCACUGUCUUCGAGCUGUUCCCGGCGGUAGUGUUGGCCCUUAUGUUCGCCUAUUUUCUCAGAGACACCAAAUUCACGGACCUCUACAUCGACCCCAACGAAAAACUCGAGCCCUUCGUCCCGAUAUUUCCACCGCCGACGACGAUUGACGUGAGCCGAGGGACGGCCCAUAAGGAGGUCUACUACACGCCGGACAACGUCUACACCAGGGAUCUGAUGCAGACAUUGGUUAAUAUCACCGGUUGGAACCUAAAGGCGAUGAAGAGUGGCGAAGAGGUGCGCGAAGUGGUCAGUCGUGCCGAUAAUAACACGUUGACACCGGCGACGCCUCCGGGAGGGAUACAAAACCCGGUGAACAGGCUGUGCUUUCACCCGGAGUAUAAGCUCCUGUGCAUGCCUUGCCAAACCAGCCGGAGGAAGUGGUUAGUCUCAGACGACUCGUCGCUGACCCGCGAGUAUCCGUCCUAUUAUCUGAGGAAUAACUUGGCGGACAUUAUUGCGCUCAUAAACCAGGCGUUUCUGACCAAAGCGGCCACAGAUAACGGCGUGAUUCCACCGACGAUAAAGUUGUUGGACCUCAAAGUGUUUCCAUUGCCGAAGAAGCUGUACGGAAAAGGAGGAGCGGAUUUUGACGCCCCGUACCCGAGCGGCCGAAUGACUCAACGCAUAUCCAGAGGUGAUAUCAUUUCGGUGGCCAUUGUCUUGGGUUAUAUCGUGUUGUAUCCGCUGAUCGUCCGCCGAGUGAUGACCGAAAAGGCCAAUAAAGUGAAGGAAUUGAUGAAAAUGAUGGGAAUGGGUGAUUGGGUCUUCUGGGCGUCACAUUUCUUCAAUUAUCUGCUGGUGAUGUCAGUCCACGCCUUGAUAUUCUCAUUCCUCUGGUGUUACGGCACGACAACAAUUGGUUUCGGCUCAGGAGUGCCGCUACUUAACCGACAAAAUGUGGUCCUAUUUUUCCUAAUUUUAUGGAUCUUUUGCAUCCAAACCAUACUCUACUGCAUGGCAUUCACCACAGUCUUCAACAACUCAGUGCUGGCGGUGAUAGUGAUGGUCAUCGCGUAUAUACUGGUCUAUGGCAUCGGUCUCAUCAAAUAUCACCCGAUGUUUACCACUCAUGAGUACGACUAUAACGCUAUGCGACUUCUCCUAACAAUGUACCCAUCGUUUGCCAUCACUUGGACUAUGUCUUUGUUGAGCCGCUGGGAGUGGUAUGGCGUCACCGUUGGUCUCAAAGAGCUCUUCGCGAAGACACCAUUCAUUGAACUCAGUUUAGCCGAAGUCCUAAGCGUUCAGAUCUUUUCGUGCUUUUUCUGGGCGGCAAUGAUCUGGUAUUUGGACGCCGUUUGGGUUCACGACGACGGCCUCCCGAAGCCCUUCUACUUCCCGAUUCAGCCCUCCUAUUGGUUCCCACAGAGGGUUAGCGCAGACAAAGACAUCGAAGCGACGGCCGAAAGGUCUGCGAAUCCAAACUUCGAGACACAACCAAAAGACAGCAAAACAAUGAUUUCGUUGCGAAAUGUGAGCAAAGAUUUCGGCGCCGGAAGAGGUGUUAAACACAUGUCUUUGGAUAUAUUGAGUCAACAAAUCACUUGUCUGUUGGGACACAACGGCGCCGGAAAGACCACAACAAUGAAUAUGAUUACCGGUAUAUAUCCUCCCUCUUCGGGCAAAAUACUGGUCAACGGUUACGACGUGUCGACCGCCACUCUUUGGAUUCGCAGACCUUUCGGCCGUCGCUUCGAUGUCUUUGUCUGCGCUAACCCUCUGUGGGAACCAAUAGGAGGGCUGAAACGGGAAGUAGAAGGGCUUCGGGAGGCCGUCGUCGUGAACCCAAACGGCGUCCAAAUACCAGAUCAUUGCCGCCCAGAAAAAGCACGAAAAGAUCUGAACGCUUAG